CUUUCCGUUUCACCCACGUCCCACUUCUGUCAUCGUUGGACACCUCCUGCCCCUCCGAGAAGCAGUCAACCGACGACGGCUCUCUUGGAGAGCUAACAUGGCCUCACCGACGUACAAUGGCGGGGCUGGCUUCAGCAUCAGCGGCAACGGCGGCGGCCAGGGAGAGUCGUCAAGCGGUCAGCCGGCAACGGGGGCUGGUGCCACUGCCUCGUCUUCCUCUAGCGCGAUCCGUCCGCGCUACAAGCACAACUGCCUGCCAUGCCGCAAGAGAAAGUCCAAGUGCGACAGGGUCUUUCCAUGCUCUCAAUGCGUGAUGCGCGAGACGUGUCAGGAAUGCUACUCUGGCCAAGAGCCUCUACAGCCAUCUGAUACUGCGUCGUCAUCAUCAUCGUACGAUGCGCUGGCCGGUUGGACGACAGCAAACAAUGCGAUGGAUAACGCGGCGAGCCGACGUCACGCGCAGCCUCAGCCUGCCAUUGCCUCGUCGUCGUCGUCUUCCACAGCAUCGAUUUCUCGCUCUCCCCACGCCGCAAUAACCAAGAGAUCGCCCGAUGCAACCCACAUUGCCACCUACGGCCCUCCGGAUCGCCCGGUGAAGCGCUCUCGCUGCGAGGUUGACAGUCUUGGGGAUGUCCUCAGCGGCCUCAAGAACAUUGUGGCCGAGAGCAGGCAGAGGCAUGAAGAGGCCGAGAGUCAGCUUGAAGCCGCCAUUGGGCGCUUGUCGGAGCAUCAAGGAGCCCCGACUGCGGCAUCAGCUCGACCAUACCAGCAGCAGACGCCUGCGGAGGUCACGCUAGCUGCGCUGCGAUCUGUUCUACCGUCCGAGGACAAGUGCGAGCUACUGCUCGACGUCUUUUUUAUCGAGCUCGACUGGUUCAUCGUCGGCAUCUACCAGCCCUGGUUCAGGUCUUCUGUCUGGGAAGGAGGACUCAAGGCGGGCAAAGCCAUCACCUGCGCUCAAGGAGCCCUUCUAUGUGCUAUGCUCGCCAUGGCCGCCAUCCUCGUCCCUCCCAAUCAUCCGCGAGCCAGCGACCUCGUUGUGGACCGAGAUCUCCUCAUCGACCACGCCAUGUACCUCGUCAAUUGCGACGAGCGACUGCAAGACGGGUGGAAGUCGUAUAACCACCGUUCGCCUACGCUGCCCUUGAUUCAGAGCGAAAUGAUCAUGACCUACUAUAUGAUGUACAGCGGCCGCCUCCAGGCUGCUUACCACAAGCUUGGCUCAGCCUUGCGCCGGGCCAAACAGAUUGGCCUAUUUGACAGUCGCAACCGACAAUGGAGCACGCCGUCAUCAGCUCGCUUCGAGCUUCUGACAGCGGCGGAGCAGCAGAGUAUCGAGGAGAUGUCGAAUCCAAAGUAUCCUUCUCCUCCUAGGCACUCUCAGAUGGAUCACUUUGCGUCGUUCCUCCCCAAUGCGCCGACAAAGUCGUCUCCCUCUUUCCUGGAGCUCGAGAUGAAGCAAAGGCUCGCUUGGGAUCUCGUCAUCCUCGAUUGGUGGCACGGCCUCUGCUGGCGUCGACCGCCCGACUUGCCCACCAACUACGUCAACCUGCCGCUGCCAAGCUACCUACGUGACGAGUACUUUGACCCCAAGACGGGCGACUACAUACCUCCGCAAGCCGCACAAACGUUCAAGACGGUUCUGGUGGCUGACGAGUUUAUCUCCAAGAUCCACCUCACGCAACUGGUGCCCGCCGUUCGCGACUUUACGAACAGUCUUCACGAUAUGAGCAUCGAGGCCCGUGUGCAACGAGCGCGCAGCAUCGAUGCGCGAUUCGACGCAUGGACGACUGGGUGCCAGGUCCCGCUUGAGGAGGCCCGACAGGGGCUUCGCACGUCAGAGGCGGGCGCUCAUCGCAAGGCGGCCCAGACUCUUAUCAACCACACGUCUGCGGGUUAUCUGCGCUGCCUCCUUCACAAGUGCUUCCUUGGCGACACAAAAGCUCCCGACGACCUGCGCAACAGGGCUCUCAUCUACGCUCGCGGCAUCAUGGAGGCCAUACCCGUCAUUGUGGAUCUCUGCGACAGCAGCUUCAUCUCCUUUGAUUCCAGCCUCUGCUCCGAGCAUCUCUUUCACGCUGCCACAGCUUUUGCCUACAUCCUCUUGAAACGCGAGGAGAGCGCCACGACGGUGCGCCAGAAGACAACUGCAGCUCCAUCUUCGGGCGAGCAGGAGCUGACCUGGUUCGCCAAGAACGUCUCGGAGAUCAUCUUUACACUUCGACACCUCGGUGCACGGAGCGAGACGGCUCGCGUCUCGGAGCGCAUCCUUUCGCACCUCUGCGAAUCCAAGGAGAGCCUGCGAGCGACGAUGAAGCGACUCGACUCGGCCCGUCAGAGGGCAGUCGCAGAGCAGCGAGGCAACCACACCAACGGACUCAGCUCCAUGUCAGGGGCCACCGAGACCACACAGCAGCCGCUACGCCACGGGAAGAGUGCUGCAGGCAGGCACCCCGCUCGCCCAAACGCGCAUACGACCGCCUUUCCGUCGCCGCGCGAACAGCAUUCCGCCUCGGCAUUGUCCGAAGUCCCAUCCGCUCUACAGGUGCGCUCUAUGAGCCCUCCAGGGGCACCGCCCGCCAGCAAGGCCUGCCCCAACUGGCCGCCCCGCCAUGCAUACCCAUCACCACAAGCAGCAUUGUCGCCGCGAGCCGAGCUACCUCCCGUGACAUUGACGUCGCAGACCAAGACCGCGACCUCUUGGCCUGCAACUAACGCACAGCUUCUCUGGACCUCGUCAUCAUCCGGACCCCCGUCCCACCGCGCCAAUCAUGACGCCAUGCUGCCACCCAUUCAGAUCCCGCGCCGCGCUCUCAAGGUCGAGGGUCAUGGUGACGGCCCCUUCGCGGUCUUGAGCAACGGCAACGACGCGGGCGCGUCCAGCGAUUUCGCUUGGCUCUUCCUACACGAGAAUGACUGGGAUGCGCUGCUCAGCGACAGCAGCGGACCCGCGCCUGAGCCCCUCGCUACCACUGCCACUAGCGUUGGCCUCGCGCUCGGCUGACGGAGCCGCUGCAGCAAGCUGAUCUCGACUGUAUCUACACCCACACGCUUUGCCCUUCUAUUGCACCUCUCAUAUCCCAGUCUCUGUAAUACACACCGCGCUCCUCAAAC